AUGGGGAAAGGACUCUUUACAGCUGAGGAGUUAUUACAAAGAGCUCCAGGCUUGGAAAAGACCUUUGGAGUUUGCAGGGUUCAAUCCAGGGAUCUGGCUGGGGAGCACUGGAGCAAGAGACCAAAAGCAGCCAAGCAGGAGGCGGAAGGGAAGGAAAGGGUUGAACAGUGAACAGAAAGACAAAGAACAGGCAGUUCCAAGGAGCCGAGAAUGCAAAUCAUUUGCAGACGCUGGUGUGAUAGUCAACCAAGGCGCCGGUGGGAGUGUCUGUCACUGUGGCUCAGGCACAUCUACACGUCACAGUGA